AUGAUUGAAAGACAACGAAAAAAAGAUAGAGAAGUAGAGACAUAUACCGAUGAAUAUUUAAUUAAACUAUCUGAUUUUUAUGAGAAAUUAAUUGAUAAAAUUUAUCUAUCUCAUAAUAAAAUUGAAAAUAAUUGUACUGUUGAGGA